GUCCAGUUAAUUCCUAUUUUAUAAUAUUUGGUUAUCUUUUUGUUGUAUUUUUUAGAUUUGGUUGAGCUCAAAGACUCAUCCUAAGGGUAUUGUCUUCAUGAUGUAUUAACAACUGUUGAUUCCUCAUAGUGUUGGCGGUAAUGGCCAUGCUUUACACAUGCAUAACAAUUUCCCUUUUCUUAUAACCUUUGGGAAGGAGUUUUAUUCUAUACAAAAUUUUAUCUGUAGUUCCUGGCAAUAUGUCCUUUCAAGUUACACUUAAAACGCACAUUGUCUCGUCAUUUAUUUCCUCCAUUCUGUAUAACUAGUUGUCCAAAUAAUCCUUUUAGUUCUUCUAGACUAUCGUCAAGGGUGAGUUGAUGUUUCAGUACUACUUCAUGUGAUGAUCCUGUAACUUUGAGAUAGUGUUUUCAGUUGUUUAUCUAAGACUUUAACAGGUUCAAGUUCUAUUGUCAAUUAGAGAGCUUCUUCUAGAGAUGCACUAAUACUUUGCUUUAGCUAAAUUUUCAUAUCAUUCUCUGUUAUGGUGUCUGUAAAUUGGUCACGUACCAACAAAUCCACCAGUUAACUUGGAGCAUCUGGGUAAAAUAAUUGGGUAAGCCAUUCCAAAUAUUUUGAAGUUCGGCUAAGGCUUCUUUUCUACUCGGUACUCUGCUCUGGAAUUUUGCUUUGAAUACUUUUUCUGGUGUGUCACUCUGAAGCUGUUGGAUAAGGCAACCAUAAAUGAUUGAUAUCUGUUAUGGAUCUCAGUUGAAAGGUUGUGUAGUAUAUUCAUUAAAGGUGGUCCUUUUAAAUGGGUAGCAAGACGAGUAGUUUAUUGUUUACUAUUCCACCUGUUCACAUUGGAAAUUAUUUGUCAAACUGAGCAUGAUAUGCCUCCCAUGGUACCACUCCACUAUGGUCCACUAGUUUCUCAAUUGGGCAAUGUUGGGAACAGGAAAGCUAAAUUCUGAAACUAAAUUUGGUGGUGCCGUCAGUACAAUACUUAUUAUAUCUAGUACAUUCUUAAGUCGACUUUCAGAGAAUUAUACAAUAAGAAAGAAAUUUUCCUAAGUAGCUUCAAUCACAUCUUUUAUCAUACACUUGUAUUAAAAAGAAUAAUGAGACUGGACACAAAAUGAAACGUAAAAUGAACAAUCUUUAUUACGACGCUAAACACAAAGACACUGUGUGUACUUUUUGGUAUGACGUACUAUCACUUUUACUGGAUUCUUCUCCUACAAGAUCCUCCUCUAGACUGUCUAAAUGUUUCUACGCUUCCAAGAAACGUCGCAUUUACUAAGAUCAAUUUGUGCUACACAUGUGACUGAACAUUCUCAUUACAAUAUAGGUGAUGCAGUAACCACAUGGUAUUCAGGUAUAUUAUGUGUUUCCUACCCGAUUUUAGUAACAUAGGAAUUUUUAAAAAUUUCGUUUCUUUGCAGUUUUAACAUAAACAUAUGAUUCGGAAAACUGUUGAAGUUGCCGUUUUUUAGCUGUUCUCUGUACCAGGUGAUAUAUAUAUUCUGCAUGAGGGGAUGCUGUGAUAUAUUUUGCUUAAGGAUUAGAAAUAUUAUAAACUGCAAUAUUCUUUGCUGGCCUAGUAGAAGAUAUAUGUAUGUUACAGGCAGUUAAUGCUGUGAGAGAACAACAGUUACGUGGUGUCACACUCGCAGUAGAAGGAGUGAAAGGUUAAAAUCUAGACAAGUAUCAGUUCUAUUUGCUUUCCGAUUAUCACUAAUUCACCAGAGAGUCAUCCUGAGAGGCAGAAAGUUGACAAUAUGUUCAAUAAUCGUGUAGAAACGAGUGUCUGCAAAAGUACACACGCUGCAUUUUGUUUCUGUUUUAUAAUAAAGAUUGUGUUUGUUUACCCAAAAGUUGUCCAGUCUCAUUUUUUUUUCACAUGUUAGAAAAUUUAGUCAAGUUUUAAAAUGCAGAUUACUCCAGAAAUUUCCUCGUAUAUUUUUGCACAAGUAUCUAUCUGACACUUGUGCAGAAAUCAGUUUUACCUGAAAAUACCACAACCUCAAGAUAUAACGUGGAAGACCAUUGAAGUACAUUUGCACAACAUACAGUUCUGCAACAACAUCCGCAGCAGAUCAGGUAUUAUCCACUCAAGAACAAAGGCAAAUAGAACGAAAUGAACUUAGCGGCUUUCUCGGCCACUUUACGUCAAACUUUCAUAUAUGCAGAACAAAGAAUAAAUAGUAUAAUAUUGCAAGAAGAAAGAAUCGCACAGUAUAUUCAUAUAUCACUCAUGCACAAAAUCUACACUUUCAGGAAAACGAUAGAAGUUUCUAGUGUCUUACUAAUUGCCGAGGAUGAUUAUAAAGUAUGAAAACAUAUUAAAGAUUAUUAACAUUUUAUUUUAAACAUGAAAUUUUCCUUCUAUACAAGAGAAAGCACAAAUAAGUAAAUAAUAACAUAAAAAUAAAUAAAUAAAUAAAAGAAUCGGGUGUCGUUGUGUGACCUCAGCUAAUGGCGCGUUGUUCGUUCUAAGGAUGUCAGUGUAAAAAACAAACAAAAGGACAUGUAAUUAGUUAUUUUCAAAAAAUUGUCUGUGAAUUUAAAAUCUUUCUAAAAUCUAUUACAAGCUGUUUAUUUUUGAUCAGAAAAUUCGCAUUUUCGAUUUUAAAAACAUAAUUUCGUAAAAUGACAGUGAAAUAUGAAGACAUGUAUGAUGAGGAACUGGCUCCAGAAGAUCUUGAAGCUAUGUAUGAUCUGAUGUAUGAUGACUCGUAUAGCGACAUGUAUUAUGAUGUCGUUAAUGAUGUUUCAGAAUAUUCCCUCAGGGAUCUGUUAGGAGAAUGUUUGAUCCCUACAGUGUAUGAAGGGGUAGCUGCCUGUUCGAAGUUGUUCGUUUGUUGUCUAAUUUUUAGAAUUACAGUUUCGUUAGGGUAUUUACCACCACUCUGGAUUCACGUAACUUCUGCGACCUCUGGAAUUCUGUGUCUUUAUUACUUUUUUGGCAUUGAGAUGUAUUAUGUCCUUGCCUUUAGUGUACUGGGUGUUGUAUCUCUGACUAUAAGUCACAUCCUCCUUGUUAAGUAUCGUGGACCAGUGUGUUCUUUAAUAUGUGUCAUCUUUUUAUUGGGAUGUGAAUUGUUUUUAGUCGAUAAAACACAGUGGCAUAAAAUCAGAGGUUCUCAGAUGAUUGUAGCAAUGAAGAUCAUAUCUCUGGCUUUUGACAUAGAUUCUGGCCUCAUAAGCCUUCCCAACCCUGUUGAGUGCUUUGGAUACUUUUUAUGUGUUGGAACAGUCAUAUUUGGCCCAUGGAUUAGCUUCACAGGAUAUCUGGAUUUACAGACCAGAAAGUUUGCAAUGGGUUUGGAGCCUGGUGUCGAGUUUGGUUCUAGCAUUUGUUUUCUUAAGCGUUUCUACCUGCUGGAGCUUAUGGCUUUUCUCGGGCGAAGUUUGGAAGUGGCUUUCGGCUUAUAGAGAUGCACUAUCGUUUCGAACCAGUCAUUACUUUGUGUGCUAUAUAUCACAAGCAAGUGCCGUCCUGGUGGGAAUCUCACAAAGUCCAGAUAAAUGGUA